CUUCAUAUAAAUACUUUAUUGCUUUGUCCUAAAUAAAUAAAAUCAUCAAAGCUCAAACCCCCCUCUCUCUACUCAAACUAACCACUCUGUUUCUCUUGCUCUACUUUUACCCUGUUUCCAGUGGAACAAAUCUUCAUCCAAAUUAGGUUUUGUUUUGGAGAAAUGUAUGCAGAGACUGGUCUUUUCUUCCCAUAUUUGCACAACGUCUCUCACGGCCUUCAUCAGCUUGAGGAGUACUGCAAAACCCAGAAGUCCAAUGCUUCAAUGGAUGACCUUGUUCAGUCUUCUGCCAUGUCAGAGUAUGAUUUGGCAGCUGAGGGAGAUCUGUUCAAAGCUCCUGAACCUAUUAUUGAAGAGCCAAUCAUGGACAUGUCAGCGGCCAUCUCAAUGAUGUCUUGUGGGGAAGAUGUCUCGUCACAGGGACUAAAGUCCACUGAUAUUGAUAUUCUUCAAAAUGAUCAGUUUCUGAGUGAGGUGUUCUAUGAAUGUGAAAAGGAUCUCUUAGAAAAGGCAGCAAUAGAGUCACCAUUCUCUGAGAUUCUGGAAAUCAAGGUUCCUUUUCUGAACAUUGAUGAGAACACAAUUCAAGAAAACAAGCCAUUUACUGACAUGCAAUUAGCAAAGAGUGUCAGCUCAGGAAGUUUGAGCUCAAUGGACUGGAUGCGUGGAGCUGCAAUGAAGCCUGCUUUCAUUGAUAUCUCUGCAAUAGAUUUCAAUGCAGAUUAUGGCAUGCGGAGAUCAUUUAGUGAAGGAGAUAUAAAGACUCUUGGUAAUGGUAACAUGAACAUCGUCCAAUCACCCCUUGAGAGGCCCCUUCUUAUCAGCAACUGCACCAGUGAGGAACGCUUCCAAAAGCUCUCCAGAUACAGGAAUAAGAAGACAAAGAGGAAUUUUGGGAGGAAAAUCAAGUAUGCUUGCAGGAAGGCACUUGCUGACAGUCAGCCAAGAAUCCGUGGAAGAUUUGCAAGGACUGAAGAAUCUGAUGUCAAGAGGGAAUGAAUGACUUAAAACUGAUUUAGUAGGAAGAAAAUAGAGUUGAGUAGCUAUAUCUGAUCAAGCUAUAUGGAAAAACUCAGCAGUAAUAUGUGAUUAGAACUUAUGUGGGGAGUCUCUGUUUGUUUGAGCAGAUAUUUGCUGAAUAAACCAGGCCUCAAACUUCUUAGGCUAGUUCAUCUCUUAUCUAUUGUAUUAACGUCUCUAUAGACGGAAAUAACCUUCCAGAUAUGUAAAUAGUUUUGUUGAAUAAUGGAAAGAAAAAAAAAAGGGUUGUACUAUGUUCAUAUAUGAUGAGAUGACAAGGUAACAUCAAUAAUUUCGUUCUGUAAUGUCAAUUUUAGUUUUAAUUUA